CGGUCGACAAAAAUCUAUCGAUAAGUCAAUAACAUCAACAAUUGGGCCUGUCCGUCCUUAAUUGUUGAAAAAUGUUGAAUUUCUUAAAUAAAACGCGACAAGUGUUGUAUCCCGGUGUGCGCAAUCUGUCAAACACGCUUGCAGCUCGCCAAAGCAAUGUCAGCUCCGAAACGACAGCAGCGGCGGGUGAUAAAAUUGCAGUACCAAAACCGGCGCUAAUCUUGCCACAGAACUACAAAGAUUAUGCGCCGGUAAACAAGAACAGUGCACGCCAGGCAUGGAUUGAGAAUGUGGAUGCUGUGAAGGAGCGGAAACUGGGUCUCAUUGAACUGCAUCCCGAUGUUUUUGCAGCUCAGCCGCGUGUCGACAUCAUACAGGAGAAUAUCGAAUGGCAGCGCAAGUAUCGUUAUGUAAGUCUGGCGCACACCAAAACACGCGCCGAAGUUCACGGCGGCGGUCGCAAGCCGUGGCCACAAAAGGGACAGGGCCGCGCUCGUCAUGGCUCUAUACGCUCGCCACUGUUUAAAGGAGGUGGCAUUAGCCACGGUCCACGUUCGCCCACCACACAUUUUUAUAUGCUGCCGUUUUACAAACGUGUUUUGGGUCUAACCUCGACACUGAGUGUUAAGCUCGCCCAGGAUGACUUGCAUGUGAUUGAAAACGCUGAGAUUCCCACACGCGAUGCACAAUUCCUGAAGGAUCUGAUAAAGGAGCGCAACUGGGGACCCUCUGUGCUGAUUAUCGACAAGCAAGAUGAGUUUCCGGAAAACAUUUGCUAUGCCACCGAUUAUCUGGGCUACGUGAAUCUGAUGCCUGCUUAUGGACUGAACGUCUAUUCAAUGCUGAAGCACGACACUUUAGUACUGACUGUAGACGCCGUGAAGCAUUUAGAGCAGCGUUUGCUGUACCAACUGCAUCGCAAUGAUGCAACGAGCAAGGGCGGAAAAUUCAAGUUGGAUCAAGUUUAA